CGGUUAUUAUUUAUCGGCAUUAACCAGUUCGACUGCUAAAACUAAUUAUAUACCCUUGUUGAGACGCUGACAGUCACUCAGCUGACUUGGCUCAGGUUAGAAACCUGUGUCUGUCUUGUGAACAGAAUCUCCGGAUGCCGAAGAGGGCAAGGAUAUUGACCAGCUGAGUUACUGACAGCUGUAAGAGGUUUGAUGUUUUGCCGACAGUGAAAAUACUGCCUUAGUGGUCUUCCGGAUUGUGACGACGUAUAUGUUUGCAGGUGGUUACCAUCGUUUCGAAGGAAUAUAUCGCCUCCAUCUUCAGAUGUUGUCCAGGUGGACGUCCGUCGUCGCGACGGUGGGACUGUUGUGCCUGGCAAUUCCAGACGCCCUAUCCCAGUCUAACUAUGCAAGCCACGCCAAUGACGUGGCCUACACCGGCGAAGGUUUACCAGACUCAGCCACUCUAGACGGAAAAGUGACCAAACUGGAUGACUUGUCGUCUGUCAUAUUUCUGAACAGGACGAAGGCGACCCUCAACUGCGGGGCAGGCUCCAUGCAGGUGGAACUCAAAUUUAAAGAACCCUUUUUCGGGAUAGCCUACGCGGAUUUUGACCGUAACAGCGCCUGCCAAGUGGCUGGCAAAGGAGGCAUCAACUAUAAUUUGGAGUUACCAUUGAAAGGAUGUGGCACUAAGCAGGAUCCUCAGAGGGUGUUCACGAACAAUGUUGUGGUGCGGUUCCACCCAGGACUUGAGAUGGAUGGCGACGAAAUCAUCACCAUCGUGUGUCGCUACCCUCCCCCCGUGGCACCUCCCCCACUGGCGCCCCUUCCCAUCUUGGAGCCAAUUCCACCUGCAUCUGUCUUAGAGCCACCACUGAAAGGUUUUCAUAUUCUUCUCAUCAUCUGCGCCAUCUUGUUUCUGUCGCUGCUGCUGCUGGGUCUUGGGUGCUCGUACAUCUGUCUCAAGAAGCGGAGAGUCACAGUGGUCAGGAGGCACCCAUUCUCUUCCACAGGCACUGGCUCCGAGAUUACCAAACUGUCUGGUUCCAGUCUGGGUAACAUUUCAAUGUUUGAAGGCCUCAAGAUUCCUCGAGCGCACGCGGCAGCCACGGCUACUGGUAGUUCUUCAGGUUCUGAAGCUGCCCUUAUUAUGCCAGGUGAACAUUCAGACACCUUGCCAAGUGACUACCCGUCAGAGUCUCCCAGCUCAGCACAUUCUGAGGUGGAAGAUGUGGAUACCAGAAGUGAGGCAACAUCAAGUUUUUACUCUGAAGGCUACGGCCAACAUACAGAAGCGGAAGUGGCGGCUGCAACAGCUGUAGCAGGUGUAGUACCAAGACCUCCCAUUGCUGUAGUCGCACCUCCACCAGAACCUAAGUUUGACGUGUCAGUCCGGGUUAAAAGAGCUCCCCCACCCCCGCCAUCACCUACACCACCACCAUCUGAUGUUGAGAGCACAAUAAGCACUCAGGCUAGGAACCUCACAACAAUCUUGGAGCGGGAAGAGAUCCAGCGAUCAUUUGAAGAUAUUCCCAAGCCAACAACUACAACAUUUACCUAUGUUCCAGAGUUACAUCCACCCCCUCCUCCAGCCAAAUAUGCUCAGACUCCUCCUGUCUAUUCCCGCAUCUUGCGCCGCCAACAAGAACAGCUCCAGACUCGUGAUGCUGCAGAGACGUUGUCACAGAGAUCAAUUCCAGACAAUGAUAACUGGUCCCAGGGAGAGGAUUUCAUCGAUGCUCCUCAGAGACGCAUGUCCAUUACCUCGGCACGCUCCUUGGCAAGCCUCAAUACAGAGAUGACAGAGACACGGUCAAUGUCUGAGAUAGUCGAUAGUUCCCACAAGCGGUAUGCUCCGGCAACCACAACCAUUGCACCACCUCCACCUCCACCACCACCUAUUGUACCAUCCACGCACUAUACCAGCGAGAUUGAUGAACAGAUCAACACAACUGAGUUCCUGGAGCCACCAGUAGUUGUAUCUCGUCGCCCCGAGAUCACGUCUCAUGUCGUGGAUGAUGUAUUCCUGAGGACCAUCACCGAGAAACGCACAAUUGAAGACAUUGAACGCCACAGAAGGCAGGUUACCGAGUACCACACAAGGCCACAGCCGCCACCAAAUCCCAAAUGGGAUGUAGUGAUCCGAAACUACCCAGCACCCAAUACUCAAGAAGCUACACAGGGCAGUGAACCUGGGCCAGACUGGGAGAGUUUCUCUGAAUCAUCAUCUGUAUCUGGCUACCCAACAACACCCACUGCAGAGUAUCACCACGCACAAGUGGACAUUGAACGUAACUAUCUGAGUACACUCGACGUUCCGCCACAAGACCCGCCAAUCCCUAAUUGGGAUGUGCUUAUCAGAGUACUAAAUCCACCACCCACAGAGGAACUUCAGCCCCAUGGAACAUCCAGCGAGGUCUUUAGAGAAGAAGCUGUUCUGACAGUCGAAGACCGUGAGAAGUGGCGUCAGAUCAUUACCACAGAAUCGACUUUGAGAACCCUACUCACGGAAGCUACAGUACGUGAAGACUAUGAACGAAUCCGAAAAGAUCAACGAUACGAAAAACUCUUUGAACCGAAGAAAUGGGAUGUAAUUAUUCGCGUUCUUUCGCCAUCUGAGAAGCCUUCUUUUGACCAGCGUGGAGGACCCUCCAAUUCCCGCUACAGACGUAAGACUGACUGGGACACAAGGAGCAGAAGAAGUUCACUCCCCACUCUUUAUGAAUAUGACUCAGAUGGUGGGUCAUCUGUGCGAACUCUUGUUCCUGAUGUUGUUCCACCCCCAGGUUCUGGUCCAGCAGGUACUGACCCAGUACCACGAUCUCGCCGUACUUCACGGUCCAGUCUCCGUUCAGACAUGGAUGUCCGUUCUAUGACCGAAGUUAUGGUUGACUUUGCUCGCCCUGACAUGGCAGACACUUUAAGUGAUGCCAGUGGGCCAAGCUCAUAUUACCGCCCAGGGCCUGGAGGUCCUCGAAGGUUCUAUGAUGAUGACGAUUUGUUGUUGAUGGGUGGAGGACAUGGAACAGCAUCUGAAGAUGAAGAUUAUGGAGGAAGGGUUAUGGAGACUGGGAGCUUAGUUCGGUCUGUGAGUCAGCCUUCUCUCGCUAGAUCUGCAUCUGAGUUUACGGAGCACUGGGUAGCACCUGGCCGACGUCAUUGGGAUGCUGGUGACCUCAGCAGCCCCGAACACUCCCCAAGAUCUGCCCGCAGUCGCACUUCCACUGCAAUGAGCAGUGUGAGCCAACAUCAGCCAUCUGGCAUCCCUUCACCUGGCACCCAGGUCCUGUACACUAGAACUGCAACCACGGUGAGGGAGAGUUAUCAGCAGCAGGGAUGGUUCGGUGAUGCUGAUAGUGAGGCAAGCUUCAAGUGAUUUUCAUGCUGAGCACAGAGCCUUGGAUAUAGGAAGUAAAAAUUGGUACAGUAUUAUACUGGACAAUCUUCUAAGGAACCUUAGCGAAUAAGUUCACGCAAAUAUCUGAAUCUGUUAUAGAAAAGCACAAAAUUUGUUAAGUUUUCCAUAAAAGAAAUUGGUUUGGUAUUACCCUGAGAUGUUUUAAUUUGAAAUUGAUGCCAUUUGCAAUGUCACAAUAUAAAUUAAAUUAUUAUAAAAUCUGCUUUACUUCAUAGCUCUUGAUGAUGGAGGGUAAAUGAAUAUGUAGCAUUGACAGAAUGAUGAUUAACUAUAAAACCUGUCCUAGUGCCACUUUGACUUCAAAAAAUCCCAAUAUGGAUUGUCUAGGGAUUAAACUUGAUCCUCUGCAGAACUCAGUUACUGUUAUUUUAAUGCUGAGUUCAGCAUUGAUGGAGAUUUACUAACAUGAUGACCAUUUAUUAAAACCUGUACACAUUACAUUAUUCCUCUGGUCCUAAUAUAAUAAAAAUAGUAAUAAUUUAACAAAGACUCACAAUAGAAUUUUUUGUUUUGUAUCUACAAGGCUAUUGCAAUAAUUAUGUACUAAUUCGUGUGCCAAAAUAGAUAUGAAAUGCCUGUGGUGUCUUAGACAAAUGAAUAUUACGUCAUAUGUACAAGAGCAAUUCUUUGUUACGUACAAGGAACUGAAUGUUUAACUGAACAAUGAAAAUUUGUUUAUUGAAUUGACAUAUAAUCGAAUAAAUAGCUGGAAAAAAAUAUUGAAAAUAUGAGAUUGUUGUAAGUUGCUUUUACUAAGAUAGGGAUGUGGUCUAAGACAGUGGUAUUCAACCUUUUUUUGUUCGCGUAUCCCCAGAUAUAAU